AUGGCCACCACAGCUUACCAUAUCUAUUCUCACUACGACCCAAAGGACCGUGAAGCCCUGGAGAAAGAGACAGGGCAACACACUGACGAGGAUCUUAGUCCCGAGGAAGCAUGGCACCGCGAGGCAUCGCGGAUAUCGCGCCAACGAGGUCCGGCACCUCAGUUUGUGCCAGCGACGAUUUCGUACGAUGAAUGGAGCUCUGGCCAAGCAAGUAUAUCCCAAUCACCAGAAAGCAGUUCGAAUGCUCUUGGGGGCAGCUUAUCUGGAUGGUAUCGGUCCCUGACAAGUUCGCGUUCUGGAACCCCGGGGUCCGCUACACCUGCGCCGCCAUCUACCCAACAGCAGCAUGAGGAGAAUUCUGACGCACUCGCCACCUCUCUUCCACCUAUCCCCUCACACGCUGGUGACCCACCUUUAAAACCGAAAGAGCGGCGGAACAAAAACAACUGGUUUAUAAUGAAGGCCAUUCAAUCGGAACCACCACCUUCCGUGUCGACGCCUACCCCGAGCCUCGCAGAUAUUCUUGCCCGAGAUCCUCCGCCAUUUCCAUCAGAUAAAAAAUACACACCACCCGUCUGGCUCGAAAUAGGACCCUCUAACAAGGGUUUUGGUAUGCUCCAGCGCUCAGGCUGGAACGAAGGGGAACCCCUUGGCCCAGAUGUCGUUCGCCGCAAGCCGAUCGAGGCUGUGGUAUUCGACGGCGAUAUUAUCCCAGCCUCCAGCUCGAAAGGAAAAGGAAAGCUGCGGCAGGAACUGAAGGAGGUGAGGAUGGAAAGCUUUGACGACGUGAGUGAACUACGACGAGUAGAUGUUAUCGAUCUUACUCAGUCGGAUUCCGAACUGGAUGACGAGCCAAGUCCGACCGUGCAAAAUGAAACUACUGUCGAAAGAAAAGUACCUGGAGCAGCACAGGGCCCUCAACCCUCAGCCCAGAGCCCUAUGCUAUCUGACGGUAGCCCUGCCUAUGAACGGAAGGCCCUUCUCACCCCGAUUGCCACUGUGCUAAAAUCGGACAGAUUGGGCAUUGGGCUCAAGGCAAAAACCGUAGGCAGGUAUAAAGCCUCUCAGAAACGUGUUACGCACAAUGCUGCGGCAUUGGCUGCACACGUCAAGGCGGCGGAGGAAAACCGGAGGCGACAGAAGCUAUUUGGACGCGGAGCUAAGGGCUUCCAGCGACGACACCAGGCAGAGGAGGAAAGGCGGAAGGCGAUGGCUGCUUAUCUCAAGAGUAUAUGA